AUGCGACAAGACAACGCGGCCUCAUGGAGCGAUAUUCCGACUUCUGCGCUGCGAGCUGAACUGCUACGUCGACAAGCAGUCGACCAUGACCGGCCUACUUGUGGCACCACUGGUACCACCAACGACUACAACAUGCCUCUGCAUGUCUUCGCGCUGGUUCUGAUUCUUGUGCUCAGUACACUAGCAUGCUCGUUCCCAAUUCUUGUUCGACGGCUUCCUCGGAUGCCCGUACCUCGCCAAUUCCUAUUCCUGUCCCGGCACUUUGGCACCGGUGUCUUGAUCGCGACCGCCUUCGUCCAUCUCCUGCCCACCGCUUUCAAUUCCCUCACGGAUCCGUGCCUCCCACCAUUCUGGAAUCAUGGAUAUCCCGCCAUGGCUGGCUUCAUCGCUAUGGUUUCUGUCAUGGUAGUCGUGGGCGUAGAAAUGUUCUUCGCUAGCAAAGGAGCUGGUCAUUCUCACUCGAGCGAAUAUCUAUCUCCUGGCGAACAACAUGAAGACAUGGUCCCCUUGAGAAGCAGCAAUCGCGAGGGUCUUUCGAGACCACUACACAGAAGGAGUGACAGUUAUCGACCAUUUAGUCAGGGACAAAUAGGAGCUGAUGAGGAUAACACUGAUAACAUGGCAUUGCAAGAAAAUGGGAGUUACACCGACACAGAACCGCUGGCUCAAAAGGGUCGUACCAGUCUAGAUGAUACAGGCAGCAACUCGGAUCUUGAUCUUGAUGAGCUGGAUCCUCACAUGAAUGGUCAUGGCCACGGCCAUGGACAUGCUAUCGAGCCGAGUCUGGAACGAACUGGUUCGCCUUCCGAGCAACAGCAUCAACAAAAGAUGCUGCUGCAAUGUUUACUGCUGGAAGCCGGGAUUCUCUUCCAUAGUGUCUUCAUAGGCAUGGCGGUGUCGGUGGCAACAGGCACAUCGUUCAUCGUCUUGCUUGUAGCCAUCUCAUUCCACCAGACCUUUGAAGGGCUGGCUCUGGGUUCUCGCAUUGCUGCAAUCACAAUAUUUCCAAAGCGGUCACCGCGGCCCUGGCUGAUGGCGCUAGCCUAUGGAACGACCACACCGUUAGGACAGGCUAUUGGACUUCUUGUACAUAAUCUUUACGAUCCAUACAGUCAGACGGGUUUACUCAUGGUAGGCAUCAUGAAUGCAAUCAGUAGCGGGUUACUGUUGUUUGCUGGAUUGGUUGAGUUGUUAGCAGAGGACUUUUUGAGCGACGAAAGCUAUGUGGUCCUUAAAGGACGAAAGCGACUUCAGGCUUGUGGUUCUGUGGUCGCUGGAGCUUUGUUAAUGGCGCUGGUCGGUGCAUGGGCUUAG